AUGCACUUGAAAAACACUGGAUGUGUGCUGGCUUCAUUAAGACCAGAAGAAGCGCAUACAGUCCUGUAUCCCAUGAUGAGUGGCUCACCUAUCCCUCGAGUGGAUGUGGCAUCAGGUGCAAAUCUGAAUGUUCACAGAAGCUUCAAUGACAGCAGCACUUUCAGUGAUGCUUGGAGCGUCAGUGGCAGCGGUCCAUGGCUUCUCGCAGUCAUGCUGUCCUUUAUAAUUUUGGUGACAGCUUGUGGGAACAUUUUGUUGAUUGCCUUAGUGUUUGCACAUCGGACGCUGCGAUGCACCUCCAAUUGCUUCCUGGUGUCCCUGUUCCUGUCGGACUUGAUGGUGGCUCUAGUUGUGAUGCCCCCUUCUAUGCUGAAUGUGCUGUGCGGGACUUGGGUUCUGGCACCUGGCUUCUGUCCCGUCUGGCUUUGUUUCGACGUUAUGUGCUGUAGUGCUUCCAUCCUCAACUUGUGCGUCAUCAGUCUGGACCGCUACCUCCUCAUCAUCUCUCCAUUGCGAUACAAACAGCACAUGACCCCACCACGUGCCUUGCUUCUUGUGGGUGGGGCUUGGGGGUUGGCAGCCCUCACUUCCUUCUUGCCAAUCAAGAUGGACUGGCACAGCUUGGGACGUAUGCAAGACCUUUCCGAGCACGGUUCCGCAAACACCACAGUCCUGAGGUUGAGUUCCUUCUACCCCUCUUCGUACUUCCAACUUUCCACGCAGGGAACACAGUCCAUGCAAUGCCACCUUCGAGUGACUCUCCCCUUCGCCCUUGUGGCGACCUUUCUCACCUUCUUCUUGCCCUCCACGGCCAUCUGCUUCACCUACUGCCAAAUCUUGUUGGCCGCCAGAAGACAAGCUCAACAGGUGGAGGCUCUUACUCAUCCUCUGUACCCCAAUCACUCACACGGUGAACCAUCCCGUCCUCCUUCUCCAGGUCAUGCUGUCCAGAAUGGAGAUGACUACAGCCAUCCGGAGCCACCCAUGUUGCGGCAUGCCCCGUUGUCGGUGAACAGCGAGCGCAGAUUGGCACACAGGCAAAGGAAGAGGGCUCUAAAAGCCAGUCUUACUCUGGGAGUACUCCUGGGUCUCUUCUUCAGUGCCUGGUUGCCCUUUUUCAUCACCAACUUGGCACAGGCGGUGUGUGAGUGUGUACCAUCUUCCCUCUUCGAUGCCAUCACCUGGUUGGGCUACUGUAACAGCACGAUAAACCCGAUUAUAUACCCCCUGUUCAUGAGGGACUUCAAGAGGGCAUUGGCUCGGCUUCUACCCUGCUCUACUCAAGCACCACAUAGGCCAUCGCCAGCACUUUCACUUUCUCUACGCAACUCUGGAGAGCCGCAUCUUCCCUCCCUUGAUGCCCCCUCCCUUGUGUCCGACCCACCUCAGCUACCCGCAACAGCUACAGAUGCUGUUAACCUUUUUGAUGCAGAACACGCCGGGAUCAACCUGCCUUUACUGCUGCCCAAUCAAGUUGAUACAUUGGACGACUAAUAUGCCAGUAAGACAAUGCAAAAAUCAUGAUUUAAUAUGGAUGGGAUGAAAUGGGUUUAUCAGAAAAUGUGUUAAGGCAUGAUGUGCUAAAUAAUGAUGGGAUAAGUGUUGAGAUUUUAUGGACUGUAUUCGUAUUCUUGGCAAAACAGGAAGACAGUUUCGUUCCUCA